AGAAGCAAUGUUGCCCUUGAGCAGUAAAAACCCAGGAAGCGAACUAGAAGCCAGAACUGCCGCUGUAAAGAACAGAACUUCUUUUCAAGGCCCGGAAAUGGAGGAAGGCUCCCAUAACUCCUUGCACUUGCUUGGCAGAUCACAAAGUUUGGGGAAUUGUGGGUACGAUGUGGCAGGCAUCAAUCUCCCUAGGAACUGUGGGAGAGGCUUCAAAGAAGUCAUCUGGAAUUGAGAGCUGCCUCAUCCAAGGAGUGUCGAACCAGACCUUUGCUGCAAGGUUGCCUUGGGAAGUUUGGAAAUAUUGCCGUUUCUUCAAGGGCGGUGAUCUAAUCCUUUGACACAGGACUCAAGGCUCAUGAAGCCAGAAAACAUCAGGUCUGAGCGAAAGAGAGGAGGAAAACAAAGCUUAACAACCCUCAACAACAACACACAGAGCUCUGUCUAUUGAAAGAGGACUUGGCAGAGAUCGGUGGUGGCGGAACCACUCCAAGCGGCACGAAGGGACGUGCCCCGGGUGGACAAAUCAUGCUAAUUGUGUGCGAGAAGGAUCUAAAACUAAACCCAAAAUGAAGAGAGAAAGGGAAGUCUUGUCCAGAGUUCUCAGCAUCCCGGGUUUUGUGCACAUCGCUUGCCUUCUUAUACUCUACUAUACAGAGCUCCUUGAAGGAGUCAAUAUCACCAGCCCAGUGCUGCUAAUUCAUGGGACAGUUGGCAAGCCUGCCCUGUUGUCCGUCAGAUACACCAGCACCAGCAGAGAUAAGCCUGUGAUCAAAUGGCAGGUGAAGCGUGACAAGGCCGUGACUGUGGUGCAGUCCAUUGGCACCGGGAUCAUUGGCAACCUCCGUCCAGAGUACAAGGAUCGGAUUAAAGUAUUUGAGAAUGGCUCCCUGUUGAUUCAUGAGCUACAGUUGUCUGAUGAGGGGACAUAUGAAGUGGAGAUCUCCAUCACAGAUGACACUUUUACAGGCGAGAUGAACAUUAACCUUACAGUGGAUGUUCCAGUUUCCAAGCCUCACGUUGCCCUGGCGUCUUCCACUGUUCUGGAACUCAGUGAAUAUUUCACUCUGAACUGCACCCAUGAGAACGGCACCAAGCCCACCUACACCUGGCUGAAGGAUAACAAGCCCCUGAGCAAUGACUCCCGGCUGAUCCUCUCGCAUGACCAGAAGGUGCUGACAUUCACUAGAGUCCUCAUGGCUGACGACGACACGUACAGUUGUCUGGUGGAGAACCCCAUCAGCUAUGGGCGUAGCGCCCCUGUAAAACUGACAGUAUACAGAAGGAGUUCCCUCUACAUAAUCCUCUCUACAGGAGGCAUUUUCCUUCUAGUUACUUUAGUGACUGUCUGUGCCUGUUGGAAGCCGUCAAAGAAGAACAAGCGGAAAAUGGAGAAGCAAAGCUCCUUGGAAUAUGUGGAUCAGAACGAAGAGCAUUUAAAACAUGACGUUGACAUUGUUCCUCGAAGUGGAGAACAUGAGCGCAAAAAUCCAGUGGCUUUGUACAUCUUGAAAGACAAAGACUCUCCAGAAGGUGAAGAGGAACCCCGUCCUGAUUCCCCAAAGGCGGCUGAACCCUCCCCUCCCAGCUACUCAAGCUCUCCGCCUCCUCCUGGGAGAUCGCCUGGACUGCCCGUUCGGUCUGUGCGUAGAUACCACCGCUCCCCAGUCCGGUCUCCAGCCAGCUCCAGAACACACAUAUCCCCCACCCGGUCCCCCAACUCACCGGGGCGCACCCCAAACACCACGCGCAUGGUGCGGACUGCUGGGGUUCAUAUCGUCCGGGAGCAGCAAGGGGAGGGAAGCACGGUGGAAAUCAAUGCGUGAAGGCUGUCUGCAGUCGUACUACUGUGUACAUUUGUGUAUAUAGCGAGGAAGCCUCGCCGUGCCUGUGAAUGUUUCUGGGGGUAGCUUUGGGUUGGCCCUGGGCAUUUUUGCACAUGCAAAUGUGUGUUAUAGGGGAGACUCCUGGGCUCCACUUGUAGAUAAAGGUGGGCAUCACACAGCAUUCUUUUGGCUUGUUGGACCCACUUUACAAGGUUUAUGAUAGAUUCAAUGCUCUUGCUUCUGUACAUUGUUAAAGGCACUAACCUGCAAUUUGUUGUAACAUCCAAGGAGUAGCACACAGGUGUUGCUAAAACCUUUCCUUCUGAGAGCGAGACCCCACUAAUUCCUAUUAAGCCCAAUAUUUUCUGUCCAAACCUCAUCAUGAGUGGGAGAAUGCAUCCAGUGGGAAUUCAUCUGUCCCAACGCUUACCAGUGGUCUUUAACAUUGCCAAGAUUGUCUUCAAGUAUUCUUAUCCAGUGGCAUAGCCAGACUCCGACUUAUUGGUCUUCAGUCCUGCCGGCACAAGGGUUUAACCCAGUGUUUCUCAACCUUCCUAAUGCCAUGACCCCUUAAUACACCUCUUCAUGUUGUUGUGACCCCCAACCAUAACAUUAUUUUUGUUGCUACUUCAUAACUGUAAUUUUGCUACUGUUAUGAAUCGUCAUGUAAAUAUCUGAUAUGCAGGAUGUAUUUUCAUUCACUGGACCAAAUUUGGCACAAAUACCCAAUACGUCCAAAUUUGAAUAUUGGUGGGGUUGAGGGGGGAUUGAUUUUGUCAUUUGGGAGUUGUAGUUGCUGGGAUUUAUAGUCCACCUACAAUCAAAGAGCAUUCCGAACUCCAGCAAUGAUGGAAUUGGACCAAACUUGGUGCACAGAAGUCCCAUGACCAACAGAAAAUACUGGAAAGGUUUGGUGGGCAUUGACCUUGAGUUUUGGAGUUGUAGUUCACCUACAUCCAGACAGCAUUGUGGACUCAAACAAUGAUGACUCUGGACCAAACUUGGCACAGAUACUCAAUAUGCCCAAAAGUGAACACUGGUGGAGUUUGGGAAAAAUAGACCUUGACAUUUGGGAGUUGUAGUUUCUGGGACUUACAGUUCACCUUCAAUCAAAGAGCAUUCUGAACCCCAUUCUGAACGAUAUAAUUGGGCCCAACUUCCCACACAGAAUCCUCAUGGCCAACAGAAAAUACUGUUUUCUGGUGGUUUUUGGUGACCCCUCUGACACCUCCCUUGUGACCCCCCUAGGGGUCCUGACCCCCAGGUUGAGAAAAGCUGGUUUAACCCAUUGCGCCACCGGGGG